GGGUCUAAGUAGACGGGUAAUGGUGUUGCGCAUCGGUAGUACUCGGCAUAGUUGUCGUCAUUCGACGCUAUGGCUCUACGCUCGCAACUCCUGCGCAAAGUAUACAAUGCCACUAAUUUACGCAAUCUCCACGAAUUAAACAAAAAGGAACGCGCAGGAGUUGCGAAACUAAGAGAAGUUUUAGAGGAUCGUCUCCAGGAGAUAAAAAAAGCAAAAACUUGGAAACAUGAGAGGGUGCUCACGUCUCCUCAGCAAGCUACGGUGACUGUUCAAGGCGCAAAAGGCGAAUAUUUGAAUUUCUGUGCUAAUAAUUAUUUAGGAUUUUCUAAUCACCCGGAAGUGGUAGAGGCGGCGAAGCAGAGCCUCACCAAAUAUGGCGCGGGGCUCAGCUCAGUACGAUUCAUUUGUGGGACACAAACAUUGCAUAAAGAAUUAGAACAGCGCUUGGCACAAUUCCAUGGACGUGAAGAUGCCAUCUUGUACGGGUCAUGUUUUGACGCUAACGCGGGAUUGUUCGAGUCCAUGCUGACUCCCGAGGACGCGGUCUUCUCUGACGCUCUCAACCACGCCUCCAUCAUUGACGGCAUUCGGCUCUGCAAAGCGCAGAAAUACCGGUACCCACAUAGAGACCUCAAUGAAUUGGAGCAUCUUCUAGCCCAUAGCGAAGCCCGCAUAAAGUUAAUAGUGACUGAUGGGGUGUUCUCUAUGGAUGGAACGGUAGCUCCAAUAAAAGGCUUACGAGAUUUAGCAGACAAGUACAGAGCAUUGCUGGCGGUAGACGACAGCCAUGCUACUGGUUUCUUCGGAGACACAGGACGGGGUACAGAGGAGUAUUGCGGCAUGUUGGGUGCAGCUGACAUAAUCUGCUCGACACUAGGCAAGGCGGUGAGCGGCGCGUCCGGCGGUUACACGACGGGCCCUAAGCAACUCAUCACCCUAUUGAGGAACGUCUCUAGACCGUAUCUGUUCUCGAAUUCACCACCACCUCCUGUUGUAGGAGCUUCUUUAAAGGCCCUAGAGCUGGUGGAGACUGGAGAAGAGCUUCGUCAACGUCUCCGCGAUAACACAGCACUAUUCAGAACGGGACUGCAGAGUGCGGGACUGACAGUAUCCGGGGAUCAACAUCCUAUAUGUCCCGUUAUGGUGGGGGACGCACCCCUUGCAGUAGAACUAGCUUCUGGCAUGUUAGAGCGUGGUAUCUACGUGAUCGCAUUCAGUUAUCCGGUUGUACCUAAAGGAGGUGCAAGAGUGAGGGUUCAGUUAAGCGCCGCUCAUACACCGCAAGAUGUUGAACGAGCCGUUAACGCCUUCGCAGAAAUCGGAAGAAAAAUAGGUCUAGUUAAGUCAUAAAUAAACACUGAGGACUUUUGAAAUUUAGAACGAAAAAUGUAUCUAUUUUAAAAUCGAAUGCUUGUAUAUUUUAUAAAAUAUCACUAGAAGACUACAAUAUUGUUCACUAUUUUAUUUAAAUAUCGAUUAGCAGUUCAUGAGAUAGUUAGAUAUAUUGAAUGGUAAUUGUGAUCGAAAAAUGUUUGAACAAUUGAGAUACUUUAAUUAAUAACAAGAGUAUAAUAUAGAUACUAUUAUGCAGUAUCCAGCUCGACGGACCAUAGUUUUGUAUGGAAAACUUCAAUAUAAAUUACUGUCAAAUGAAAUACUUAAUAAAAAAACCCUUUAAGCUAAUGUUGAAUCAAUGUUAUUAAUUGUAAAUGUGUAUUGUUAUAGAAAAUAAAUAACUUGUUCCAGUUAUUUUAUAUGUAUAAUUAAAUUCAAUUCGAU